UUACGUGAUUAAUGCAGUAAAUUGAGCCUCGCGAAGGAAAAGAGACGUUUUCUGUUUGCCGUAUCUCCUAGUUUACAUACAGAUUCCGAAGAAUGCCAAGGAUUUUAAUUCGGCACAAUAAGAAGUUCGGAAAGGUUGAAUUUCCGGUUGUUCAAUUGUUUUCCCGUUUGUUCUCAUCGAAAGUGUUUUCCGUAUAAUAGAUGUGGAUUCGUUGUGUUUCAAACGGAUAUUUAAGUGAAAAUGCUGUGGAUAAUAUCGAUAUUCGAAAGAAAAGAUGCAAGUCGAGGAUCCUAAGGAAGCCCAAACGUUCAUAGAAAUAGAGAAAAAGAUGACUUGCGACGAAAUGAAUGAAGCACCUUCAUUAGAUCCUAAUGUUGAACCAUCGCAUAUUUCAGAUGAUAUGCCAGAUGAGUUCAAAUUCGAAGGUAUCAAUUUGGAAGACGACAUAGAAAGGGUGGAGCUAUCCUCAGUGGGAUCUUCAGAUUUGAGCAGUGAAGAGCUCAUACACGAUCCUGCUGAAAUUAUGAGGCAUAACUUAAGUUUGAAAGACCCACCGCAAUUUGCAGGCGAAGACCUUAGGAAUUGGUUCAUGAAAAUCAAGGAAAUGCAGAGCACAAUAUACAAGAAGAUGCAAUCAGAGCAGCAGACAAAUCCUGUAGAAACCCAGCCUAAAAACUUCGGAAGUCUCCGAACGCCACCUAGCAGGGUCAUGAAAUACCAGGAUCUACCUUAUAUGGGGGAAAUAACCUUGGAUAAUUCGAAACCGAGGAGAGGAAGGAAACCCAAGAAGGCUGAUAUUUGUCAUUUGAUUUAUAAGAAUUACGGUACAAUUCUACCUGGGACACCUAACGCAAACGAGUAUAUCGAACAAUCUAAGAAAUCUCUAAUCGACAAAAACAAUAGUGAAAAAGUUGCACAAAACAAAAUUGGAAGUAGUUUAUUAGAGAAAAGACUAACACAAGAAGACAACAAAAAGUCGAAACAAGUCAAAAGAUCCGGCAGUUCCAAGAAUUCUGUAUCUGAACCCAUGAAUCUCUGCGUUAGAGACCAUAACCAAUUGAAAAUAAGGCUGACCAAAAAUUCAGAUGAUACAUACACAAGUCAAGUUAAAUCUGAACCACAGAGUGAUGAAGAGUUGGAUGUUAAUAUCGGAAACAGUGACAAUUUAAAUGACGAAUACGGUGUUCCACAAUUUUUACUGAAGCAGUUUGCUGACCACACCGAUUUCCCACAGAUGCCAGCGACCAGUUCUAACAGCCCUCCAUUUUGCGCAUGGCCAGGAACCGAAAGUAUAGCUGGUCCGAUGUCUAUUCAAGAACAACUUAUGUAUUACCAAAGACUUGCUUCAAUGAAUGGCAUGCCCGUUUAUAAUUCGAGACCACCUCCUGAUAUACUACCGUUGGAAUCGAAAUCAAAAGAAAAAAAAUCGGUUAUUCGCAUCAAACCUAAGGAGUGUAAGAUAGAGGAUGAGAGUGAUAGGUCUUCUCCAGGUAAAGUGAAGAGGAGUUGCUCGGCAACGUCAGAGAAAUCCCCCACAAAACGGAAACGUUCUGCCAUCUUCAUUCCGCCUAUCCCAACUGAAAACAAUACAAAUCCAGCAACUGAAGUCAGUAUUUGCAAAUUUAAAUUUACAGGUGGUGCGAAACCCUCCCUUCAAGAGAAAAAGAUGCUGUCGGUAGAUUCUGGUGGUAAUUUCAGAUAUUACAGCGGAACUGGUGACAAGAGCAUGAGAGGUUAUGAAUUUUUCCCUAGAGAAACGCUUCAGCAAACAGCCAGUGCCACUCAAGGAUCUAGCACAGGCGCCUUCUUACAAGCCUGUGGGGAAAAAUUUUUCCCGGCUAAUGAACUGAACGAAAAACAAGUCAAAUCAGAAUUUCUUUUGAGUCCAGAGCUACCGACCACUAGCUCAAAUUCACCCCAUCAAGAAACAAGUACACGACAUAAAAAGCGGAAGUCGAGAAAAUCCCUUCAGAGGGAAAAGUUGGAACAAACUUUCAAGGAAAAGGGCUUCCUGAUCCAAACCCAACAGUUAGAAUCAGCUGAAGGAGCCACAUAUUGUAAAUUCAGGCAACUGAGGAAGUUCACAAGGUAUUUAUUUAGAAGUUGGAAAGACUAUUUACCUGGAAAUGUGCAAGAGAUUCAAGAUAGUGCAAGGAAUGAAACAGACUCUGUAGACAAUUUAUCUAGGAUUUCUCCAGAGAUGACUUGAAAUGUUUUCGACGGUCAAUGUGUUGUCUCAGGGAUCAAUCUAAAAUCUAAAUGUUAUUGUAUAUGUAUCACAUUUAAUUUAUUGUUUUUACUAUAUUCUACAUAUCCAAGUAGAAAAUAUUCGUGAGAUUUCAAUAUUUUAAAUUAACCAAAGAAAAUGAUGGAUAUAACUUGAGGAUUUGGUUAAUCAGUUGGUGCUAAUCGUAUAAAAUUUCUCUAACAAUAUGUAUGUUAAUUGGUUGUUAUAUAUCCAGAUAUUCUAGUCCUCCAUGUGUUAUUUCGUAAUGUAAAGUAAGAAGUAAGGCAUUUGCUAUGAGUUUUAAGGUGAAAACAAAAACUACCUAUACAAAUCCUGUUUGAAUGUUGGAAAUUGAUGUUGGGCCUAUGGAAGGCGGUGUAUUUAUUUUAUAAAUAAAUAAAUAACAAAGUAUUUUAUUUA